UGCUCCCCCAAACCCCACAAUCCUCUCUCCCUUCUCUAGGUCGAUCGGUCUCUCUCCCCCGCCGCUCCCCCUGACAUCCUCCUCGUCCCAUCGCCCGCCGGACUAGCUGCUCCCGCCGCGCCGACUCCCCUGUGCGCCGCCAAGAGCUCCUCCACGAGGUUUCUUCUUCUGUAGCCUCGGCACACGACCAUGGCGGCGGCGGCCCCAUCCAGGCCGGAGGUUUUCUCCCUCUUCCGCACACUCCUACGCACGGCGAGGCAGUUCUCGGACUACAACAUCCGCGAGUACACCCGCCGCCGCGCGGCGGACGCCUUCCGCGAGAACCGCGCCCUCGCCGACGCGCCUGCCGCGGCGGCGGCUUUCGCGGACGGGAAGCAGCAGCUGGAGGUGGCCAAGCGGCAGGUGCUGGUGUACUCCCUGUACGCGCCCAAGGCCAAAAGUGUCGCGGAGAUGAUGAAGGUGCAGUGAUCCACGGAGAGAGGUUUCAGUGCUCUGUUGUGUAGUCGGGUUACGGUGAUUUGACGCCAUUGUGUAACUCUGCUGAUACUAUGUUUGCCGGGUAAUUGCCAUGACAUGGUUCCUUUUUGUUCAAUAAAUUAGCAAACAAACGAUCAUAGUAAUCAUAUGUUCACAUAUUCACAUGCCAUUGUUACCUGUAAAAUUAUCUUGCUACCUGCAUAGCGUUGCUAUGGUACUCUUGGACCUGUGCUGGCUUUGUCUAUCACAUCUCACAUGUAUUUUCA